AUGGGCGAUGCGCUUUGCGGGCCGUCAAAUGCCCUGCAGAACUUCCAGAAGCAUACUUCUGUUGAUCGGACAUUGCAGCAAGACCGGUUGACUUCACGUCAAUCGCCGGGCCAGGGUUUUCGAUCACAGAACCCCCAAGAGGGUAUACUUGACCCGGAGUUCGCCGCCUUUGAAGCCAACCUCGCCGGCCCCGCAUUGCCAGACCUACAGCACGCUCCUCACUUUGCGCAGACACACCAUAUCGCCGCCCAUCAUCCGGCGGCACACCAUCCGGCAGCACAUCAUCCGGCCAACUCGAGUUGGGCAUCGGAUUUCCAGAAUCUACAUAUAUCGGGAUCAGCACACCCCGCACAAUUACAGAGGCCCAACAUUGCACCAGCAACUGCGAAUGGCGGGUGGCACACAGAGUUUAUGCGGCAACAAGCGGGGCACGUGUCCCAAGCGCAACAAAACCCGCAAAUGCAUGGCGCCUAUCAACCGUCUUUCGCGCCAAAUUAUCCGAUGUAUGGCUCGAUGAACCAAAUGCAGCCCUCGCAGGUCAUGCAGGGCCAACAAAAGCCUGUGGAGCAGUUCGAUGAAUCCGCCUUCGAGGCCGCGUUUGACCAGGCGCGGGCCGAUAUGGAAUUACAAGGCGCCGACCAAAAAGAUACCCAGCAUAAUCUAGAGGACAGCCAUGAAUAUGAGCCUGUCACCGAAGACAUCCGACUCGGAUCUGAUUUGAUUCCACAGAGUGAGAAACAAGACCCACAAACCAAAGGACGAGAUGCAGAUGAACUUGCACGAACAGCCGGUCAACUCCUAGACAGUGUGCGGAACGAACAAAGUGAAAAGUUCGCACAAAGCAACUUCCUUGCAUUGAUGCGUCGGAUUCGAGAUCGCGAGGUGGAAGUGGAAGGGGAUGAGUUCCGCGAAGUCAGUACCAACCCGUGA